AUAUAAAAGAGCUGUCUAUUUCUCUUGUAGCUCCUUUUUUUUAUUAUUUAUUCAAUUUUUAUACUGUUAUUGAAUAAGUUCCUUUCGAUCAAACGUAUACUCUGUUAUAAAAUAUGUCUCAAUUCAUCGUAGAAACUGCCACUCCUAAGGGUUAUCAAUUAAAGCUUCAAACCGGUUUGUUCAUCAACAAUGAAUUUGUUGCUGGUUCCGAUACGAUUGAUACCGUCAACCCUGCCAAUGGCAAGGUAAUUGCUUCUGUUCAAGCUGCUGAUAAAAAGGAAGUGGACGCCGCUGUUGAUGCCGCUUCGAAGGCUUUCCAUGGACCUUGGGGCAAAAUGACACCUAGCAAACGUGCCGAACUCAUGCUAAAGCUCGCUGAUCUUAUUGACCGUGACAACGAAGUUCUUUCUCAAAUUGAAAGUCUCGAUAAUGGUAAAGGUAUUACGUUCUCUCGUUUAUUCGAUGUGAAGCAGAUUGCAAUUACACUCCGUUACUUUGCUGGCUAUGCUGAUAAGAUUCACGGUAAAGUUAUCGACAUUGAGGGUGCUUUAUGUUAUACUCGUCACGAGCCUAUCGGUGUUUGUGGUGCUAUUAUUCCUUGGAAUUUCCCUUUGAUGAUGUUAGGCUGGAAGCUUGGUCCUGCCCUCUGUACCGGUAAUACCGUGGUCGUCAAGACUUCCGAAAUGACACCUCUCUCUGCGCUUAAGGUUGCGGAACUUAUUGUCGAAGCUGGUUUCCCACCCGGCGUUAUCAACAUUAUCACCGGCUACGGUGCUAUUGCUGGUGAUGCUUUGGCCCGUCACAUGAAGGUCUCUAAAAUCGCUUUCACUGGAAGCACGGCUGUAGGUCGUCAUAUCAUGAAAGCUGCUUCUGAGAGCAAUUUGAAAAAGGUCACCUUAGAGUUAGGCGGUAAAUCUCCCAAUAUUAUUUUUGACGAUGCUGAUUUGGAUCUUGCUGUUCGUUGGGCCCAUAAGGGUAUCUUCUUCAAUCAUGGUCAAUGUUGUUGUGCCGGCAGCCGUGUCUAUGUUCAAGCAUCUAUUUAUGACAAAUUCCUUGAGAAAUUCAAGGAAUACACUAAACAAACCAAAUUGGGCCAUCCACAUGAUGAUGAUACAUUCCAAGGCCCGCAAAUUUCGAAAACACAAUUUGACCGUAUUAUGACUUAUAUUGAAAAGGGUAAGGAAGAAGGCGCCACUUGUUAUAUGGGCGGUAACCGUUGGGGUAACGAAGGUUACUACAUCGAGCCUACUAUCUUCACUGAUGUAAAGCAAGAUAUGACCAUCGUACGUGAAGAAAUCUUUGGUCCCGUUGUUACCGUUUCCAAAUUCGAAGAUGUGGAUGAUGUGGUUCAUAUGGCUCUUGAUACGGAUUAUGGCCUUGCUGCCGCUGUCUUUACUAAGGAUACUGCCCGUGCCAUUGAUGUUUCUAACCGUUUGCAAGCUGGCACAGUUUGGGUCAACUGUUAUAAUGAAUUAGAUUAUAACACGCCUUUCGGUGGCUUCCGUCAAAGCGGUAUUGGCCGUGAAAAUGGUGAAUACGCUUUGGACAACUAUCUUCAGGUCAAGACUGUCAAGAUCAACGUCAGUCGUCAACCUUAAAUAACCUUCAUCUUCACAUUCUUCAUUUCAAACAAAUCAUUAUUUUUAUAUCUUAUAACAUUUUAUACUAUGUUCUUCUAUGACACUACUAUUGUAAAUUCAAUAUGAUUGCAUGAGAAAGAGUUAUUUCAUAAUUGCACUAUUACCCUUUAUGUCACAUUGUACGUUCCAAUCCAGUAAAUAUCAAUAAACCUGUGGUUAACAUUUCUUCUGAACAUCUUCAUUGCAAAAUACAUACACUUUUGCAGUUCUAAGCACGGUUCAAAUAGGACGGC